CGCUAAGCUGGAUAACUUAUCUCUUUCAGCUAUUAGCUGUGACAUAAAAUCAAAUAAACCAAGCAUGGUUUGGCAUCCAUUAUUACCAAAUCUCCAAUGCAUACAAGUACCGCUUACAGAAGUUUCCUCAGUGCUAGACCUGUAUACCUUAGACACAAUAUCGCCUGGAGGUAGUAGGCUCGGUGAAGAUUAUGAAAUUUUACCUGAGAACUGCACAAAUAAAUGUCGA